AUGCUUAACUCUUCCUUGGGCUUUGAGUUUCUGCUCCUGGAGUUUUCAGAGGUUCGGCAAUUGCAGAUUCUACACUUCCUUUUAUUCCUGCUAUUGUACUUGGCAACGAUAACAGGCAAUCUUCUCAUCAUCUGUGCAGUAGUUCUUGACCAUCACCUUCAUACCCCUAUGCACUUCUUUCUGAUGAACUUGGCUAUGCAGGACAUUGGUCAAGUUUCAGUCAUAAUCCCCAAAUCCAUGUUCAAUUCCAUCAUGAAUACAAGACACAUCUCUUUUUCAGGAUGUGUUGCUCAAGUCUUCUUGUUUCUCUUCUUCUUAGCAUCUGACAUCUCUCUCCUUACACUCAUGGCAUAUGAUCGGUAUGUUGCCAUUUGUAAUCCAUUGCAAUACAAUAUGUUGAUGAACAGGACAGCCUGCAUUAAAAUGGUUGCUAGUGCAUGGAUUGGUGGUCUUCUCUAUGGAGUGUUACAUGCCAGUGGCACCUUUGCUAUCCCCUUCUGCUCCAAUGUUGUUAAUCAGUUUUUCUGUGAAAUCCCACAGUUACUUAAGCUUGCCUGCUCUAACUUAUAUCUAAUUGAAGUUGGGGCAGUUGUGCUAAGUAUUAGUCUUGUGUUUGCCUGCUUUAUCUUCAUAAUUGGAAGUUAUGUGCACAUUUUCAUUGUGGUGCUGAGAAUCCCCUCUGUAGAGGGGAGACAAAAAGCUUUCUCAACUUGCCUUCCUCACUUGAUUGUCUUCUCCACAUUAGUACUCACUGGAAGCUUUGCCUACCUCAGACCAACAUCUAACACUCCAUCACACAUGGAUUUAAUAUUAACUGUGAUAUAUUCAAUGUUUCCUCCCAUAUUGAAUCCACUGAUCUAUAGCAUGAGAAACAAGGAGAUCAAGGUUGCACUAGCAAAAUUAUUAGGUUUUAAGAACAGAACUAAGAAGGCUCUCUGUCUCUGCCUCAGGGUUUUCCAAAGCUUAAUCACCAAUAUCUAG